AUGGUUUGCAGGUCCUUAAGAAAGACGUUUCCAGAUUGUCAAACAGGCAAGAGACUGGGAGAAGAUUUAGAUCUCAAAGGACCAGAGAAAAAUUUACAAUUGCAAGUCUUCUGCAGUAAUGGUGAAGCUGUGGCUCUGGGAUCCCAUGGCAGCUGCAGCACCGAGGUGGAGAAGGAGACGCAGGAGAAGAUGACCAUUCUUCAGGCCUGCUUCCAGCAGAACAAGGAUGAAGUCCUGGAUAACCUGCUGGCCUUUGUCUGUGACAUCCGGCCAGAAAUCCAUGAUAACUACCGCAUAAAUGGAUAG